AUGGCUGCAGCAUCACACGGCGCAGCCGAUCUCAGGUCGGUGCUGGCACGAGGGAGUCUGGGAAUGAUCCGGCGACGUCGACAGCCAGCACAGGUGUCGAUUGGAUGGCAUCACGUGUUUGGAGGGAAGGUAGUCGGGAGGGUUGGGAGUCGGCGAUGGUAUAGUGAGUUAGGGUCAGGGUUAGAGACUGGGCCAGCAGCAAGCAAACGAUCGGUUCAGCCGCCUCAGGACGUGGCCAUUCUCGGCGGUGGGCUGACGGGUCUGGUGACGGCACACUACCUAGCGGAGUUGCUGCCAGCGACAGCACGCAUCACGCUGUACGAGGGAAGCGACCGUCUGGGGGGAUGGAUUGACAGUGAGGCGUGGGAGGGGGAGACCGGGUCUGGGUCCGGGUCAGUGAUCUUGGAGGCAGGCGCCCGGAUGGUGGCUCCACAGCGCAACAGCGCGCGGUACGACGACCUGUUAUUUCUGGACCUGGUGGACCGGCUGGACUUGGCGGGGGCGCUGCGGGUGUGCGACGAGCGGCCGGCCCAGUAUAUCUACUACCCGGAUCAUCUGGUGAAUGUGUCGAUGGGAGGGGGCAGUUCAGAGGGAGACACGUUGGGGGGGCGGCUUUGGCGCAUGGCCGCGCUGGGCUACCGAGCGUUGACGGAGCCGGUGUUUUCGGGGCUGUUGUCAGCGAUGUUGGGCUACGUGGUGCCAUCGCCCAGCCGAGCGGCCGAGGUCCGUCGUCGCACGGCCGCAGCAUACGGGGCGCCUUCGGGGCUGCCGCCAGACGACAGUGUCGGCGGGUUUGCGCUGCGGCAGCUAGGCGGUGGUGCGGGCGGACGGGCGCUGGUGGACAACCUGCUGGGAGCGGUGAUGCACGGCAUCUACGGGGGCGAUGUGUGGCGGCUCAGCGCGGCGAGCUCGCCGUUGCGUGGCAGCUGGAUCCGCGAGGGUGUGGCGCCGCUGCUGGCGGCUUAUGUGCGGCGGGUGGCCGGACAGAGCUCGUCGCCGGCCAUGUCGGCAACCCAGGUCGAGCAUCUGGCGACGAUUGCGAGCGGCAAGUACGCGCUGGCGCAGGACCGUGACAUGGAGAUGCUGGUAGACCUGCUGGGCGGGGGUGACUCGUCGGCCGCCGGCACAUCACCCCGGCUGCUCCGGCUCGCGGCCGCCAGCACGCGCUGGUCAGCCAUGGGGUUUGCGGGCGGGUUUGGGGCGCUGACGGACGCGCUGGCACGGCGGCUGGUCGAGCGGCCCAACGUGACGCUGCGGCUGGGAAGCGCGGUGGAACGGGUCCAGCUACAGGGACCAAAGGUGGCGGUCACGACGUCUGCCUCGGCUGGUUCACAUGACAAGGUCAUCUCGACGCUGGUAAGCUCGACGCUCUACCGGAUCACCGACCAGAAGCUGCCGGCGCUCGCACACGAGCAUGCGGUGACGAUCAUGGUGGUCAACCUGCACUAUGCGCAGACGGGACUGAACGGGGCCAACCGGGGGUUUGGGUACCUGAUCCCGGCGACGGUGCCGCUGGCGGAGAAUCCGGAGGGGGCGCUGGGAGUGAUCUUUGACACGGACCGGGAGCUGGUGCAGCGGCGGUUGACGGAGGACGAGGGGGGGCUGGAAGAUGGCAGCAAGAGAGAGGGAGAGGUCGGACAGCCAAACCCAGACGAAUCCGGCACGACCUUUACCGUCAUGUUGGGCGGCCACUACUGGGACGACUACGGGCCCGAGGACUACCCGAGCGAGGCCCAGGCUGUGGCCAUGGCCGAGGCCGUAGUGCAGCGGCAUCUGCGGCUGUCGCUGGCUGACGAGACCGGCGCGUCGUCUCUUUCUGAUGUCGCCCCUUCUCCCAUCGCCACGCGCGCCAAGCUUUGCCGCGGCUGCAUUCCGCAGCACUACGUCGGACAUGCCGACCGGAUGGCAGCGGCCGACGGUGAGCUGGCAGCGGCGUUUGGCCGACGGCUCGCGGUGGCCGGUGGCAGCUUCACGGCGACAGGUCCCGGCGUGCUGCCGUCGAUCCGGUCGGCACGCGAUGUAGCUCUGCGGACGGCCGGACGUGGAUACCGACUGCGAAGGGCACGCAACGGACGCAACGAGACAGAGAUGGCACACGUGGGCGACACGGGCCUGGGACGGUUUGGCGAGCCGGCCAGCGAUGAGGUGUCGCCGGUGCCGCUGCGACGAUUGCCUCUGCGGUUUGGAAACGGAGUCGGAGGGAGGAAGAAGGUUGAGUGA